AUGCAUUGCUGUGGCUUCCACGGGACUUCAGUCUUAGUUGACGACGCAUCCCCAACCGAGCUGGAGUAAGCGGUUUUCAGGAAAGGACACAGGAUUUCAUAAUGACAGAGCGGGUCAACAACUUUCCCCCACUGCCUCAGUUCCUGAGAAUCAAGCCCUGCUUUUAUCAGAAUGUGGAGGAGGAGAUCCCAGCCCCGCACCGACAGCUGGUACGCCGGGUCUACAACCUCUGGAUGUUGUAUUCAGUCACACUGUGUGUGAACGUGGUGUCAUGCAUAGCUUGGUGGGCAGGAGGGGGAAGUGGAGCCAAUUUUGGCCUUUCCCUUCUCUGGCUUCUCCUCUUCAGUCCGUGCAGCUACACCUGCUGGUUUAGACCUCUCUACAAGGCCUUCCGGGCUGACAGUUCUUUCAACUUCAUGGCCUUCUUCUUCAUCUUCUUUCUGCAGUGUGUUCUCGCUCUCAUUCAGACUGUGGGCAUCUCUGGUUGGGGUGCUUGUGGUUGGAUCGCGACAGUGCUGUUUUUCAGCGACAACGUGGGUUCUGCUGUAGUCAUGCUAUUCUCAGCUCUGCUCUUCACUCUAGUGACUGUGUUAAUGGGACUGAUUCUCAUCAGGGUUCACAGGCUGUACCGUGGUGGAGGGGGCAGCUUUGAGCGUGCACAGGAAGAGUGGACCACUGGACUCUGGAAGAGCGCUCCCGUGAGAGAGGCCGGAUUCAAUGCUGUCACUGAAACUGGCCCAAGCCUUCCCCAAUACCCUGCUGAUGUGCCAAGCUACCCCGACAAUGGCACCUGGUGAUACCCUAAGUGGACUCUAGAUGGAGACGGAGCACUUUCUCCAUGGCAGGCAGGAUGAACACUUGUCCAGCACACCAUACUAGUACAAUCUCACUUUUAACACUAUGAAAUGCAGAGCUGGAAUUUUAAGAGAAUCAGCAGUACUUUAAGAUUGAUAGAGGCCACUAUUAUACUGUUUAUCUUUGAGGGAAAAGCAUAUAAUCCCUAUUGUUGAAAAGAUUUGAUGGAUAUUCAAAAUAUGAUCCAUUCCAUUGCACCCGUUUACAUUUAGUAUGUUCCACAAUAUGUAUCUGAUGCUACUGUACAUAAACCAUUUUAGAAGUAACAAUGAGACUAAGAAAAUUGAUACGUCAAAGGCUUGUGCCUUAUCUUUAAAAUAUGAGACAAAAGAAGCAAGGUGAUUCCAAAGUUGUCUUUGGAUUCAUUUUGGCAGCCAUAUUCAAUGAUCAAUUCUUGCCAAUUCAAGUUAAGACUGUACUCCAUGAAAUCAACUUAGCUUUGAUGCUACUGGACAUGACUGAAGGAUCAGGGUUCUCCUCUUGCAGCUGGAGAUAUGGGAGUUUAUAUAGUGCACGGUGUUAAUUUAUUUAUCACUGCACCUCAAGUGUUUCUGGUUUAUACCUUCUUGAUCUGCUUUUGCCUUGUUUCUGAAAACUAAACCCGCCUUAAUCGUACUUGCAUGUAGAAAAUGUUUUGCUUGACUGUCGCCUUAAGUACUGCUACAUGUUUCAGUGUAACCCCCCCCCCCUCUCACUCAUCCAGUGUGGUGCACUGAUCUAUUUUUUUCUUGUUUACUUUUGGUGGUCAGUGCCCUGUUGUGGCAGCACUCUUAAUGCUGCAUCACAACUCGUUCCAGACUGGAGCCUUGUUUACAAUAGGUCUGGGAGAGCGGCAGCCACUCAGAGUAUACAACUUAUAUUUAUUUCAUAUUCAAGUGUCCCUCUCCAGGGUAAACUGCCAUGAGGUUUAUGCAGAUCGUUUCUUUUAGCUUGUCAUACUGUAGUUAAUAUUGAGAAUAUAUUCUUGAAAGUGCAUCAAAUGUGUUGCUGCAGUGACAAACUUUUAAAAUAUAUUAUUUCAGACCUGA